AUGACCAGUGAAGAUGAAGGUCUUGGGGACGACACUCGGAGAGAUCACUCUUCAGGUCCCAGUAGUUUAGCUGAUCUGCACGAACCAGAGUAUGACGCCAUCAGUGAGAAGUCGACACAAUCGACCUCCGAGUUAAGUGAUAAGGAGGUAUCCACUGAUAACUGUAUUGCAAAUGUGGAGCGAGUGAGGGCUGAGAGGGAACAACAGCCAGAAUCAGUUGAAUCGGACAAAGAGCAGCACUUGAGACUAGAGGUGAUGAGAAGCAGUGAUAUAAUCGAAAAGUUGAAACAAAGUAUAGAAGAGCUAAAGGAAGGAAAGGCUAAUUUGGAGGAACAGGUUCUCGAACUCGAAGAGGCAGAGAACGACUCCAGACUUAUGAGCCAACGAUUGCAGCAACAAAUGCAGACUUUUGUAGACGACUACGAAAAGCUAGAAUUGGAGUUAAUUAAUGCCAACAAAACUAUAGAUCUGAACAAUAAUAGGAUUAAGAGUUUUGAGACAAUAGAAACUGAUUUAAGGCAUCAAAUAGAAGAAAUGAGAAACAAUAAUUGCAAUCGAAGUGAAAAGCGAUUCGAGAGAAUGGAGACAAAGAGAAACGUUCAGCAAAACAAUGAUCUGUUGAAUAGAAUUCAAGUUUUGGAUAAUAAAGACAAACGAAGUGAACACAACUCCAUGUGUCCACAAGUGGAUGGUCUGUAUUCAGUUGUCUGGGAAAAGCUCUACCGAUUGGAGAAUCAAAUCGAUUGUUUGAGACAAUCAUACAGUCAGACAAACCAAACCCAUUGCACUCAAGACUCUGACGAUGACUUACAGCUAUUUAUUUCGGCUGAAAAGCUCUCGGAAGGCGUUUCCAAAAUAGGCUGUUCUUUCCAAGUGAGUCACUUCGACACCACUCGGGACCAGACAUACAACCACUGCUCGGCCAGUGUCCGACUCGACGAUCUCGUGCUGUCAAUGCCGUUGUGCGAAGCCGUCAAACCCGAACGCAUCGAUGUUAUGGUCGCCAAUCAAAAAACAAAUGAGCAGCAAUUGAGGGAACGAUUAGUACAGUUAGAGUUUGUGAACAAAGAGUUUGUUCGGGAGCUUGAAAUGAGGGAAAAGAUCUUUUUCGAGAGAGAACUAAAUCAAAGCGAUUGGACUAAUAGUGAGAAUGAGUUCAAACAUGCAAUAAAUGAACUCAAAAAUCAAAUCAAACUCUUUGAACUCAAAGAACAUGAUUUGGAAACACAAAUCAAUAAUUUGAGUGAAAAUAUUAAUGUGAACAUAAGACACAAAUUGAAUCACUUGACUGUCAAGACAUUGUCUUUCCAAGUGAGUCACUUCGACACCACUCGGGACCAGACAUACAACCACUGCUCGGCCAGUGUCCGACUCGACGAUCUCGUGCUGUCAAUGCCGUUGUGCGAAGCCGUCAAACCCGAACGCAUCGACGUUAUGGUCGCCAAUCUUCGUCAGUCAAAGAGCACAUCAUUAUCUCAUUCAUUGCCACCAGAAUUGAUGAAUAAAUUAAGUAAAUUAGAAACAAAUGAACAGCAAUUGAGGGAACGAUUAGUACAGUUAGAGUUUGUGAACAAAGAGUUUGUUCGGGAGCUUGAAAUGAGGGAAAAGAUCUUUUUCGAGAGAGAACUCAAUCAAAGCGAUUGGACUAAUAGUGAGAAUGAGUUCAAACAUGCAAUAAAUGAACUCAAAAAUCAAAUAAAACUCUUUGAACUCAAAGAACAUGAUUUGGAAACACAAAUCAAUAAUUUGAGUGAAAAUAUUGUGAGAAACACAUACGAGAAGAGAAUGGAGAUCUUGUGUGAAGAGCACAAACUGGUGGAGAAGGAGUUGAAAAUGAAGAUGAGAGAGAUGGCCGGCCAGACCUCGUCGACAGUCAAUCAAUUAGAGGCCGAGAGAAACAAAAUCAUCCGACAAUUAGACGAGAGUUUCGUUCAAAUCAAAGAUAAAGAGUUGGAAUUCACGGCAAAUAUUAAUGAUUUGAAUGAAAAGGUAGAGACAAUUGAAAGAAAAAUCUUGAGAUUAGUGAACAAUAAGAGUAAUUUCGAUGAAUUGGAAAACGAGAGGAAAAAAUUGAAAAACGAAAUCAAUUCGAUUCAGUCGUGUGAAGAGGAACUGAAGAGGAAGUUGAAUGAAAUGAUGCAAAAAGAGUCGGCAUAUGAGGAGACGCUGUCAGAGGCGGACAAAAUCAUAGCAACUCUUGAACACAACUAUAAGCAACGGAUUGACGAGUUGGAGGUCUCGAAGACAAACCUUGCGCUAAGGGUCGCACAACUCGAGGAAAGUGAGUCGCGAUUGCGGUCGAGCGUCAGACCUGACAGACCGGACAGGAGGGCCAACGAUUGCUAUGGAAAGGCCAGUGAUCUCGUCAAACAACUCAUUGACUCCGAAGCCAGAGAGUGCUCUCUGAAGCAACAAAUCAAGACUCUCGAGGUAUCUGUCAAUGAAUUGCAGCGACAAUUAGAUGACACCAUUCAUAGCAAACAGCGUAUGGAGAGUGAACUCUUUGAUCAGGACGAGUUGGUCGAGACUNUGAAUGAAUUGCAGCGACAAUUAGAUGACACCAUUCAUAGCAAACAGCGUAUGGAGAGUGAACUCUUUGAUCAGGACGAGUUGGUCGAGACUGUCAACCAUUUGCGGCAACAAAUCGAUUCAUUACAAGUAGUAACACAUCUCUAA